AUGGCUUCCGAUUCUCCCUCGAGAGCCUUCCAGCGUUCCCCUCGAACACCUCGGCUCAACCAGCUCACCAACCCCCCAACGACCGCCUCAAACCUCAGCCGGACCAUCAACCAUCCCUCCAACCUGCGCACCGGUCCAUCCCCAGCGUAUACGACCAAUCUUCGCUCGAGACAUUCACUCUAUGGGACCGACGAUAGGGUCAUCCUUGACCUCGGAUCCAAGGUUUGGAAGGCUGGCUUCUCGUCCGAAACUAAUCCGAGAGUCGUCAUAUCCGUCCACGAGCUCUGUAAACCGAUCCUCGGGAACAUCGAUUCGAUCUGGAACAUCUCCUCCAACUCGACUAUUUCCUUGGUCUCCGACGCAAUCUCGAUUGGCCUGACCAGGAUCUUCUUUAACCAUCUGAUGAUCGAUCCAAAACAGAGGAAGGUGAUCCUGAUCGAAAACCCUCUGAUCCCAACCAGCCUGCGCUCCGAAAUCGCUAUCGCCCUAUUCGAUCAACUUCACGUCCCGAGCAUCGCUUUCACGCCUUCUCCUGUCUUGACCCUCAUGGCUUGCGGGAUCUUAACCGGGCUGGUCGUCGAUGUAGGAAACCUAGAAACUUCGGUCAUUCCCGUAUAUAUGUCUAGGCCUUUAUUUCCUAUGAUCAAAUCUACCACGCGUGCUGGAUCAAGAUUAAGUGCACGUCUGAGCGUACUCCUGUCCCGGUUUGCUCAGUAUCUCAUCAUUCCCAAGUUCGGUCAAUCAUCACUCUCGACAAGCAACCCCCGAAUUACGAAACCAACUCACAUUCCGCCUGGACUCCUGACGCCUGCGGUGGUCGAAGACAUCAAGACGCGUCUUUUGUUCGUCAGUCAAGAUAAACUUCAGCUUGAUAACCAAUCAGAACCGAUCCAGCCUUUGACCGAACAAGCAGAGCAGGAGGAGGGACAAGAUAAUCAAGGCUUAGAAGAAGAUUACUCUGAAUCCAACAACCAUCAACUUCUAGAUACCCUCGAAAGGAUUUAUAGGCGAUCAACCUCUCCUGACACUCAAGAUGUUGUAUACAAGCUACCUGCCCCUCAACCAUCGCAAUCCAACCCGCGACCGCCCUGUAUUGGCGUGAUUCGAGUCCCAGGCUGGAUGCGAGAACGAGCCAGUGAGAUCCUCUUCAAUCCGACUCUCAGUAGUAUUGGCCAGAUAGAAGAAGAAGAGGACGAAAGUCUGAGCAUACCUGAAAUCAUCCUGGAAUGUUUAUUGAAGCUCCCAAUCGAUCUGCGACGGCCGAUCGUCAGGAACCUCAUCGUUUCGGGAGGAGGGGCUAUGUUGCCUGGGUUCCUAGGCCGAUUAAAAUCAGAGCUGAUCCAUACCUUGGAGGAAUUUCAUGUGCCGCCCCCGUCAACGGAUCAGAUGCUCCCUAAGAAGGCGAGGAAGCAACAGGAAGUGGGGAGAUGGCUUGCGAGUCGACGGAAAUUCAGUCCGCUUCAUUCUUUAAGUCACGAUCUAGAGAUUCUCAAUCAUUUUGAAGCAUCAUCAUCAUCAUCAGCCCCAGUAGUCCGGUCAUCGGCGACGUCGACAACGAAUAUCCGUCGGAGCCGACCGCCCCAGUUUCAGAUGAACCUACUAGCCUGGAUCGGAGGUUCGCUGGCAGGCUCGAUGAAGAUCGGUGGUCAGGAGGUCAUCCGCGAACGCUGGGACUCGGUCGUCGAGUCCAGCCUCGUCACUCAGGAGCUAGACCUUCACCAUCUCUCCCCAUCCGUCCAUGGAAUCAUCAACUUGGACGAACUAGAUGAGGACGAGGACAACGAGGAACAGAUCGAAUACCAACGAAAACUGAUCGGCCUCAAAAUAGCUUCUGCUAUCUUGCCUGAUUGGGCUGCCCUAUCUUUAAACUAG